GCAAGAAGAGGAGGCAGCCUUACCGGAAGGCAGGCAGACAAAGGGGGCUCCCUUGUACAUGCCAGCCUCUUGUCAGUGCCCCAUAUGCCCUCUUCAGAAGCCUGCCAGUGGCUGUGGCCUUACAAGGGUACCUCUUCCCCGGUUCUGCCCUCUCUGUGGAAUGGCUGGGCCCUUACUGUAUCCUCAGGCUCAGGGGAUGAAGGAAAGGAGAGCAGGUGACAGGCAGCAGGGAAAGUCAACAGCCAGGCUCUGGGACCAGGGAGACACAAUGCUGUCUCCCUAGCACUCAGUGAUGGGGGCAAGAGUGCAUGGAGAGUGCCCAGUUCCCACAGGAGUGCUGAUGUUGGGAGGACUGAGCUACUGUGAUGUCUCUAGAGGCUGGAGCUCUCUAGGAACACUGGGGAGUCGAGCCUCGGCCAGAGGAAGUGACAGGAGAGAAGGCAGACCAGCUGGUGGGAAGCAUGCGGUCAUGCUAGGACUCCUUUCUUUUUUUUUUUUUUUUUUUUGGUUCUUUUUUUUCCGGAGCUGGGGACCGAACCCAGGGCCUUGCGCUUCCUAGGUAAGCGCUCUACCACUGAGCUAAAUCCCCAGCCUAGGACUCCUUUCUACAAGCUGACUCCCUUCUGCCCAGUUCCAAUGACAAACAGAAAAGGGAAAAAUGAGACACAGAUGCCAGGUAAGAGGUGAAGGUGGCAGAGUGUUAGCCAAGGAGAUGACAAGGAACAGAUAGGGUUAAGGGAGCUCGAAGAAGACGAAUGGAUGAGUCUAGCUGUUCAUUCACUGUUGGGGGGAAGGGGGUUUCUAAAAGGCCAAGGGUUUGUUGUGAAGGAAGCAGGGCCCAUCUUGGCUAUGGGGGUACACAGGAGAUCCACAGGAAAACGCGUCACAGGAAGAGAGCAAGCUUUCCCCUCCUCUUCCUCCUUCCUGCAGGCUUCCUCUCCUUCUUCCUCUCCUUCAUUCUCCUUCUACUGUAUAGAAAUUGAACCCAGGGCCUUAUGUAGGCUAGGCAAGCACUCUCCAAAGCUUCUGCUGCUAUUUUGAAACAUGGUCUCACUAAAUUACCCAGGUUGCACUUGAGCUCAUUCAGUACUCCAGGUAGAUCUCUUCCCGCCUCUGUCUCCCAAGGAGAUGGGAUUACGGGACUAUACCAUCAGGGCCCAUUCCACAGUGCUCAAAUCAGUAUCACAGAAAUUGACGGGUACAUGAGGUGUGUGGUCCCUCCCAGUGAGCCAGAGGCAGUGAGCCUCCCAGGAAGGUAGAGAGGUAUCGUAUGAAUGAGCUUUCUGCUUUGCCUUGGACUCCAGCCAGCUCCCAGACACCUCUAGUGGAAGUCACUCAAUCUUUCUAAAACUGUUCUCUUCCACGUGACCCCCUUACAGACUUCAUGAAGACUGUCCCAGGCAUGCUGUGACACAAACUACAGAAGGUUCUCGGCACCUCCCAGUGCUCAGAGCAGACCCUCAAGGAGACGAGCAGAUCCAGGAUGGGGAGCCCAAUGCACCGAGUGUCCCUGGGGGACACCUGGAGCUGGCAAGUGCACCCGGACAUAGACAGUGAAAGGCACUCACCGUCCUUCAGUGUGGAGCGACUCACCAACAUCCUUGAUGGAGGCCUCCCAAACACCGUGCUGCGAAGAAAAGUCGAAAGCAUCAUACAAAGUGACCCAGUGUUUAAUUUGAAGAAGCUUUACUUCAUGACCCGAGAGGAGCUAUAUGAGGAUGCGAUUCAAAAGAGAUUCCAUCUCGAGAAGCUAGCCUGGAGCCUGGGCUGGUCAGAAGAUGGUCCUGAACGCAUUUAUGCUAACAGAGUCCUUGAUGGAAACGUCAACUUAAGCUUACAUGGUGUUGCCAUGAAUGCUAUCCGAAGCCUGGGCUCAGAUGAACAGAUUGCUAAAUGGGGCCAACUCUGCAAAAACUUCCAAAUCAUCACAACAUACGCCCAGACAGAGCUGGGACACGGGACAUACCUACAGGGCCUGGAGACUGAAGCCACCUAUGAUGAAGCCAGGCAGGAGUUUGUGAUACACAGCCCUACGAUGACUUCCACCAAGUGGUGGCCUGGGGACUUGGGAUGGUCGGUCACCCAUGCUGUGGUCCUAGCCCAGUUGACCUGCUUAGGAGUCCGGCACGGCAUGCACGCCUUCAUUGUGCCCAUUCGGAGCCUAGAGGAUCACACCCCACUGCCAGGAAUCACAGUUGGGGACAUAGGCCCCAAGAUGGGUUUGGAACACAUAGACAAUGGCUUCCUGCAACUGAACCACGUGCGGGUUCCCAGAGAAAACAUGCUCAGUCGCUUUGCAGAGGUCUUGCCAGAUGGUACCUACCAGAGGCUUGGGACGCCACAGAGCAAUUAUCUUGGCAUGUUGGUGACCCGGGUGCAGCUGCUGUGUAAAGGAAUCCUACCCUCCCUCCAGAAGGCUUGCAUCAUUGCCACGCGCUACUCAGUAAUCCGCCAUCAGUCUCGACUUCGGCCCAGUGACCCAGAGGCAAAAAUCCUGGAAUACCAGACGCAGCAGCAGAAACUCCUUCCUCAGCUUGCUGUGAGCUAUGCCUUCCACUUCACGGCCACCAGCCUCUCAGAAUUCUUCCACAGCUCCUACAGUGCUAUUCUGAAGAGAGACUUCAGCCUCCUGCCUGAGCUCCAUGCAUUGAGCACUGGUAUGAAGGCCACGUUUGCAGACUUCUGUGCCCAGGGGGCCGAGAUCUGUCGCAGAGCUUGUGGGGGCCAUGGCUACUCAAAGCUGAGCGGCCUGCCGACACUGGUUGCUCGAGCAACAGCCUCUUGCACAUAUGAGGGUGAGAAUACGGUGCUCUACCUGCAAGUGGCCAGGUUUCUGAUGAAGAGCUAUCUGCAGGCUCAAGCGUCCCCAGGCGCCACACCACAGAAGCCUCUCCCUCAGUCCGUCAUGUAUAUUGCCACACAAAGGCCAGCCAGGUGCUCAGCCCAGACUGCAGCUGACUUCCGCUGCCCAGAUGUCUAUACCACAGCCUGGGCAUAUGUGUCUACCAGGCUCAUAAGAGAUGCAGCACACCGUACACAGACCCUCAUGAAGUCCGGGGUUGACCAGCAUGAUGCCUGGAAUCAGACUACUGUCAUCCACCUUCAGGCUGCUAAGGCUUACUGCUACUUCAUCACUGUGAAGAAUUUCAAGGAAGCUGUGGAGAAACUAGACAAGGAACCAGAGAUUCAGCGUGUGCUCCAACGCCUCUGUGACCUCUAUGCCUUACACGGUGUUCUGACUAACUCAGGGGACUUUCUGCAUGAUGGCUUCCUGUCUGGGGCCCAGGUGGACAUGGCCAGAGAAGCCUUCCUAGACCUGCUUCCCUUGAUCCGGAAGGAUGCCAUCUUGUUAACCGAUGCUUUUGACUUCUCGGACCAUUGUUUAAACUCGGCACUUGGCUGUUAUGAUGGACACGUCUACGAACGCCUGUUUGAGUGGGCUCAGAAGUCCCCAGCCAAUACUCAGGAGAACCCUGCCUAUAAGAAGUAUAUCCGACCACUGAUGCUCGGCUGGAGACACAAGAUGUGAAAAGUCAAAGGAUUUGGGACCGAGAAGCACCACGGCCUUACUAUGGCACAUAUACAUAGAGAAUUUAAAGCACGGGAGGGGGGGGGGGAGCGCUGCUCGGUUAAAUCAGGUAGUAAAUUGGUACAUGAAUGGAUGGUCAUCCUAUUAGUCUACUAUUGAGCGUGUUUGAAACUUUCCCUUGUCCAUCUAUAGCAUGUAUUUGGCUAAAUGCUAAAAUUUUUGUUUUACAUACAGGAAAAGCUAAUAAACUUGUCAGUUA